UAUGAAUGGAAUGAAGAUAGGUAGAUGGGAUAUUAUGUAUAAGAAUGAUUUUGAGAAGGGAUAUUAAUAAAUGUAGAUAUUAGAUAAUAUCUAUUUAGUGGAGGUGGAUCAUACGAUUUAGAAGGAAAUUAGAAAAAGAUUGGAAAGUGGACAGAAUUGGAUGGAGGGUUUGAUUGUUAAUAAUAAUUCACUUAUAAUGGUGAAUACAAUAAGAAUGGUAUGAAGGUAGGGAAAUGGGAUAUAAUAUCUAUUAAUUAUGGAGAAUAUGAAUAAAUGUAAAUAUUAAUUAUUUAUAAGAAUAUAAAAUAAAUUCAGUGGCGGUGGAUAAUACGAUUAAGAAGGAAAUUAGUAAAAGAUAGGAAAGUGGACAGAAUUGGAUAAAAAAUAAUUCAUCCAUAAUGGUGAAUACAAUAUGAAUGGAAUGAAGGUAGGUAGAUGGGAUAUUAAAUCUCUUAUAUAUGGAGAAUAUAAAUAAAUGUAAAUAUGAAUUAUUAAUAAUAAUAUUUAAAAAUUUAGUGGUGGAGGAUCAUAUGAUUAAGAAGGAAAUUAGAAAAAGAUUGGAAAGUGGACAGAAUUGGAUGAAGAGUUUAGGAAUAUGAAAUAAAUCACUUAUAAUGGAGAAUAUAAUAUGAAUGAGAUGAAGAUAGGUCGAUGGUAUAUUUUUAAUAAUAAUCAUAAAGUCACUCUAAAUGGUUAAUAUAAUUUGAAAGGUUAAAAAGUAGGUAUUUGGAUAGAAAUGAUUGGCAAUAGAAAAAUGAGAGAAAAGAGAUAUUAGAAUUAAAACAAUAAAAUAUGAGAAAAUUAAAUAUAUAACAAGUAUCUAUUUUACAAUUAUUAUUGUGUUUUUUUACAAUAAUUCUAAUCUACAAAAUCUAAAAACCCCAAACCUAAUUGAAGCGUUUGAUGCAGUUAUCCUUCAAGAAUUAUAAUUUAAGCGUUACCGAUUUUAGACUUUGA